UCAGAGCGCGCGGAGCUGCGGAGAGACGCGGAGCCGCUGCUGUGGGAUCAGUGUGUGUGUGUGUGUGCGUGGGUCCGGCAGAGUGUGUGUGAGUGCUGCGUUUAUGAGCGCGUGGAUUAACGAAUGGAGCGUCUGGCGCUGCUGCUGAGCCUCGCGGCGCUCAGCGCCUCACCUACACACAGCUAUCAGUGUAAUGGGCCCCUGGUCUCAGGUCUGCCGCCCACAGCUUUCCACAGCUCCUCCGUCUCCUCAGACAGCCAGUCGCCCCACUACGCCAAGCUCAACAGAAGGGACGGAGGUGGAGGCUGGACGCCGGAGCGCAUGGAUCGUCUGCGGUGGCUACAGGUCGACCUUCGAGAAAGGGUAGAGGUCACGGCCGUGGCGACGCAGGGCCGGUUCGGCAGCUCUGAUUGGGUGAGCAGCUAUGCGCUGCUGUACAGCGACACAGGAAGAGCCUGGAAACAGUACAGGCAGGAGGACAGCACCGGGACGUUCUCUGGGAAUACUAAUGCAGAUGGAGUCAUCCAGAAUAAACUGUCCCACCCAAUCAGAACGCGGUACCUGCGUUUCUUGCCCCAGGACUGGAGUGCUGAGGGCUGGAUUGGACUGAGAGUGGAAGUCUAUGGCUGCUCCUACAAGUCGGACGUGGCUGAUUUUGACGGCAGGAGCUCGCUGCUGUACCGGUUCAACCAGAAGUCCAUGAGCACGGUGAAGGACGUCAUCUCUCUGCAGUUUAAGAGCCAGAGGGCCGACGGAGUUCUGGUCCACGGUGAGGGUCAGCGAGGGGAUUAUAUCACGCUGGAGCUCCACCGGGGCAGCCUGGCCCUCCAUAUUAACCUAGAUGAUGCUAAACUGCACCCCAGCAGUGGUCAUGUGUCUGUUUCUCUGGGCAGUCUGCUGGAUGAUCAGCACUGGCACUCAGUUCUGAUCGAGCGUUUUAACAAGCAGAUUAACUUCACUGUGGACAGACUGACCCGACACGUACGGACAGGAGGCCUGGGAGACUCGCUGGAGGUCGAUUACGAGCUCAGCUUUGGAGGAAUCCCCCUGCCUGGAAAACCAGGAACGUUUCUGCGGAAAAACUUCCACGGAUGCAUGGAGAACCUCUACUACAAUGGGGUUAAUGUUAUUGACCUGGCCAAGCGGAAGAAACCACAGAUCUACAGCGUGGGCAAUGUGACCUUCUCCUGCUCGGAGCCGGCAGCAGUGUCGGCCACCUUCCUGAGCUCCAGCGGCAGCUUCCUGCAGCUCCCUGCGGACCCCGGGGACCCUGUGGGCGAGGCGGAGGGUGAGGAUGAGGGAGCGUCCGGCGGAUGGUCAGCCGGAUUUCAGUUCCGGACGUGGAACCGAGAAGGGCUCCUGCUGUGGAUCGGCCUGCAGGGGGCGGAGCGACUGCUGCUGCUGCUCGCUGAUGGACAACUCCGCCUGUCACAUCACAGAUCAGCUGUGCAGAGCGCAGAGAUAACUGUUGGCCAGGGUCUGAGUGACGGCCAGUGGCACUCGGUGUCGGUAAGUCUGAAGGGUCUCCAGGCGUCCGUUUCCGUGGACAGCGAGCCGGCGUCCAGCAUGCUGCUUGGAGAUCAGGCUCAGCCUGGGAGCACCGUGCUGAUCGGAGGAUGUCCUGCAGCACUGGCCAAUCAGGGCUGCCGGAACCCCACUCUGACCUAUCAGGGCUGCAUGCGCUCCAUCGUCGUCAACGGCCACCCAAUCGACUUGUACCGCGUGCAGCAAGGCCUUCUGGGAAACUACAGCGAGCUCCAAAUUGACAUCUGUGGCGUCCGGGACAGGUGUUUGCCCAAUUACUGUGAGCACGAGGGCGAAUGCUCACAGUCCUGGAGCACCUUCCACUGUGACUGCUCCGGAACCGGCUACACCGGAGCUACCUGCCAUAACUCCAUCUUUGAAGCUUCCUGUGAGGCUCACCGGCUGACAGGAAGUGCCUCAGGAUUCUUCUCCAUUGAUCCAGAUGGCAGCGGUCCACUCAGGCCCACCGUCGUCUACUGCAACAUGACCGAGGACAAGGUGUGGAUGGUGGUGGGUCAUAACAGCUCCGUGGCAGUCAGCGUUAAAGGCUCGUCUCUGCAGAAACCCCACGUGAUGAAGUUGAACUACAGCGCCACCUUGCAGCAGCUGAGCACCCUGCUACAUCGCGCCGAGCACUGCCAACAGGAAGUGCUGUACCGCUGCAGGAAGUCCCGGCUCUUCAACACCUGGGACGGAACUCCUUUGUCCUGGUGGUUGGACAGAGGAGGUGAGCGGAGAACGUACUGGGGUGGUUUCCUGCCUGGUGUUCAGCAGUGUUCCUGCAGCCUGGCCGAAAACUGCAUCGACAUGAACUACUUCUGCAACUGUGACGCAGACAGGACCACAUGGGAGAACGACACUGGACUGCUCUCCUAUAAGGACCACCUUCCAGUAACAGAGAUGGUGGUUGGAGAUACGAACCGGACGGGUUCUGAAGCUGUUUACCGAGUCGGCUCCCUGCAGUGCUACGGAGACAGGUUUCUGUGGAAUGCAGCAUCCUUCUAUCAGGAGUCGUCCUACCUGCACUUCCCCACACUGCAGGCUGAGCUCAGCGUGGAUAUCUCAUUUUACUUCAAAACCACGGCACCCUCUGGAGUGUUUCUGGAGAACCUCGGCGUCAAAGACUUCGCCCGGCUGGAGCUGAGUGGUCCCUCGGUGGUGACGUUUGCGUUCGAUGUGGGCAAUGGACCGGUGGUGCUGACAGUGAAGUCUCACGUGCCGCUGAACGAUAAGCAGUGGCACUACGUACGCGCUGAACGAAACGUUAAAGAGGCAUCGCUGCAGGUGGACCAGCUGCCCCUGCGCUUCUUGGAGGCACCAUCCGAUGGCCACGCCCGCCUGCAGCUCAACAGUCAGCUAUUUAUCGGUGGGACUGCCUCGAGGCAGAGGGGCUUUCUGGGAUGCAUCAGGGCACUAAAUAUAAACGGGAUGACCCUGGAUCUGGAGGAGCGUGCCAAGAUGACCCCAGGGGUCAGUUCAGGUUGCCCGGGUCACUGCAGCAGUCAGAACCAGCUGUGUCACAACCGCGGACGCUGCAUUGAGAAGAGCAGUGGAUACGUGUGUGACUGUACACACUCAGCCUACGGUGGACCACACUGCCAGAAAGAAGUUUCCGUGUCGUUCGAGGUUGGCACUUCAGUGACCUACACCUUCCAGGAGCCCUUCUCCGUGAUUCGCAACAAGAGCAGGCAGUCGUCAGCCAUCUACGCCCAGAGCAGCAAAUCCCGAGAGAACGUGGCCUUCCGGUUCCUCACCACCAAAGCUCCAGCCAUGCUGAUGAGCGUCACCACCUACCACCAGCAGUACAUGGCCAUCAUUCUGGCUCACAACGGAAGUCUACAGAUUUGGUACAAACUGAACAGAGAGAAGCAGCCGGACGUGUUCAUGCCCACCCAGCACAGCCUGGCCAAUGGGAAGCUCCACAGGAUACAGCUGCACAGAGAGGGGAGGGACGUGUACGUGCAGGUUGAUAAGGAUAUUAAUCAGAAGUACCGCCUCUCCACAGACAGAGAGUUAAACAUGAUCAGAUCACUGACGCUGGGCAAAGUAACAGGUAGAGCAGGUGUGGAUGAGGAAGUGCUUCAGGCUGGAUCGAGAGGUUUCAUUGGCUGUCUGUCGUCAGUCCAGUUUAAUCACCUGGCUCCUCUAAAAGCUGCUAUACUGAACCGGGGCAGCUCACUCAUCAGCGUCCUCGGCAAUCUGGUGGAGUCCAACUGUGGAGAACUGGCUGAUAAAUCCUCCUCACACUCACUAUCAGACCACACAGACGGAGAGAACAGAGGAAAGGAGCGUCUGAAGAACUCGGAGCAGAGUGACUCGGCUGUAAUUGGAGGCCUGAUAGCCGCCCUGGUCCUGGUUGCGCUCUCCGUUCUGGCAGUGAUGAUGCGUUUCCUGUACCGCUCCAGGCAGGAUCGCUCCCAGCAGACCCCCUCAGCCAAGGAGAAAGACCCCCCGUCCGAGCCGGAGCUCAACUACCGCACCCAGCUCAGCCUGCACAGCGCCAUCAGGGACAGCAGGAAGGAGUACUUCAUCUGAUUGAUCCGAGACCUCCAGCCUCCUCGUGGUGUGGGGCCCUACGGCUGGGGAGGAAGGGGGCGGGACGGGACAGGGCAGGGGUGUGGCCACCGAGAGCUGCAGGACACAGGCAGCGUGACCUUCAGUCUCCCAGCCCACGCAGGCUGUGUUUUUGUGCCCUCUGUACAUAGCAGGUAGCAGUUUCGUGUGGAUUGGGAUGCAGCCACAAUGGCCUGCUGGUGCCUCCCCGAGGAACAGGAACAUAUGCAGACCUGCCCGGUCAAAGCCUGCGGGACACUAGGCCAAUACAAGCUGAGCUGUGCUUUUCCUGCACCCUCUGUGGAGG